GAUGACGUGGCUAUCCCUUAAUGGCUGGACAAUCUCACGGCGAACGCCGUCACCGCAUAGGAAACGGACCCCCAUACUACAGUCGAAUAUGCUUCACAAGCUCUCUCUCUCUCUCUGUUCAGAAGUGGGUUUAGAUUAGGGUUUUUCUAAAUUAACCGCUUCAAUUCUCUGUUCUUCGUGGAAUUUAUCGAGAUUCAUCUGAAGAAGACGAAGACAAUGGGCACGCAGAAAAAAGGUGCAUCUAGGGGUUCAGAGGACCCUGUGGAAUUGGCACGUGUCCCUUUGCAGGCCAUCCUCUUAGCUGAUAGUUUUACUACCAAAUUCCGACCCAUCACCCUCGAGCGCCCCAAAGUGCUGUUGCCAUUGGUUAAUGUCCCGAUGAUCAAUUACACCUUAGCGUGGCUCGAGUCUGCUGGCGUUGAGGAGGUUUUUGUUUUUUGCUGUGCUCAUUCUAAACAAGUGAUUGAUUAUUUGGAGAGUUCCGAGUGGUUUUCUCAACCAAACUUCACAGUCACAACGAUUGAGUCACAUAACUCUGUUAGUGCUGGAGAUGCUCUUCGCUUGAUUUAUGAGCGCAACGUGAUAAAUGGAGAUUUUGUCCUAAUUAGCGGGGAUACGGUGAGCAACAUGUCGCUUACUCAGGUGCUUCAAGAACAUAAAGAGAGAAGAAAAAAAGAUAGUAAUGCUGUGAUGACAGUAGUUAUAAAACGGUCAAAGCCUUCUCAGAUCACUCACCAAUCUCGACUUGGCACUGAUGAGCUGUUUAUGGCAAUAGAUCCUAAUACAAAGCAGCUUUUAUAUUACGAGGACAAGGCAGACCAUGCAAAAGGAUAUAUAUAUCUGGAUAAAUUGUUGCUCGCUGAUAACCCUUCAAUUACUCUACAUAAUGACAAGCAGGAUUGCUAUAUUGACAUAUGCUCUCCUGAAGUCCUCAGCCUUUUCACAGACAAUUUUGAUUAUCAACAUCUACGCCGUCAUUUUCUGAAGGGAUUGCUUGUUGACGAUAUUAUGGGUUACAAAAUAUUCACACAUGAAAUUCACUCGAGUUAUGCGGCUAGGAUUGACAACUUCCGAAGCUAUGAUACAAUUAGUAAGGACAUAAUUCAGAGAUGGACUUAUCCUUUGGUGCCAGAUGUGAAGUUUUUUGGGAACUCUUCAAUAAAACUGGAAAGACAGGGGAUGUAUCGAGCAUCGGAAAUAGGGCAAUCACGCUCUGCACAGAUUGGUCCUUUUACUGUCAUUGGGAGUGGCACAAAGAUUGGGAACACCACUAAAAUUUCAAAUUCUGUUAUUGGGGAAGGGUGCUCUAUUGGAUCAAAUGUUUCCAUAGAAGGUUCCUAUAUAUGGGAUAAUGUCACCAUUGAAGAUGGCUGCAAGCUAAGGCAUGCUAUAGUAUGUGAUGGAGUGAUAGUAAAGUCCGGAGCAGUCUUGGAACCUGGUGUUGUUUUGUCCUUCAAGGUUGUUGUAGGGCAACAGUUUAUUGUCCCUUCGUACUCAAAGGUAUCUCUACUUCAGCAGCCAACUAAGCAAGACAGUGACGAAGAGCUGGAGUAUGCUGACAAUAGCAUUGGGAUUGCAGAAAUUUCAUCUAUCACACAUACAGUGGAUAAACUAAAUGGGGAAAUAACAAACCAACCAUUUGAGACACAAUGUUGGCCUACAUCUGAGCUUGGUACUGGUGGGGCUGGUUAUGUUUGGUCAAUCUGUGAAGGAGGCCAUGAUGAGGAGUGGAAAUAUGCUGCAGAUGAUGAUUUGGAGCUUACUCAAGAUGGCAGAUCCCUCCCACCUUCAGGAGAGUUAAAACCUGAUUCUAAUGAUUCUGAAUACGAUGAUGAUGGAGAGUCUAGAGAUGAUUCUAUCUACUUUGAGAAAGAGGUCGAAGCAACCUUUCUAAGAGCUGUGCAUGAAAAUAUAACAGUAGACCAUGUCAUCUUAGAAGUGAAUUCACUGAGGUUGUCAUACAACAAGGUAGCUGCAGACUGUGCUGGUGGUUUAUUUUAUUCACUGAUGAAAUUGGCAUUAGAAACUCCACAUGAUUCAGCAAGUGAAUUGGUUCAAGCUACUACUAAUGUACUUGCAAAAUGGAAAAAACUGCUGAAGUAUUACCUUGCAGAAAUAGAUGAGGAGAUUGAGGUAAUACUUAAACUUGAAGAAAUUUGCGAGUCCACUAAGGAAUUUGCCCCCGUGUUUGAUAAGAUAUUGUAUCAACUGUAUGACCUAGAAGUUAUACAAGAAGAAGCUAUUCUAAGGUGGGAUGAUGAGAAGAAAGAUGCUGAUGAAUCAGAUAAAUUUUUUGUUAAGCAGGCGGAAAAGUUUAUUCAAUGGUUGAGAGAGGCAUCCGAAGAAGAAGAAGAAGAAGAUGAAGAAUAGGAAGCAGUUGAUUCUUCGUAAAUCCGGUUUGGCAGCGGAUGCUUUUAACAAAGCGGGGCCCAACGGCGAAGAAGUGUGUUCUCUGAUGAUGUAUGGUAGGAUGGGAAAGGCUUUGUCCAUAGGCUCCAAAAAUGCUUUUUACAAAUUUUCAUGCACUUGCAUGUGUGUAAUUUUUGACAGAAAUCAAUAAUAACAAUUUUGUGCUUUUUUUUCUUUUUGUCCUAGGAUAUUUUUGAAGGAUCUGAUAUUGUUAUGCUAACAAUGAGAAAUGUUAUAUCUGAUUAAAAAAAGAAAAAAGAAGAGAGAGGUUAUAUGAUUA